AUGCCAACCUACGCAGAGUUUAUUCAAGAAAUUUUCCAUGAAGUCAAUCAAGCCCGCACAAAUCCACAUGAAUUUGCAGACCGCUUGGAGAGUACUCUUUCGCAAUACAAAUCUAACAAUGCCAAACAUCGACCAGGUGCAGUACCAAUUGUGACUCGUGAAGGAGUUGGCGCAGCAAAAGAAGCAAUUCAAGCCUUGCGCUCUUCAGAGCCUAUACAGGCAUUAACUUGGUCAGAAGGUCUUGGCAGAGCUUCCCAAGCUCAUUGCAAUGACACUGGCUCCCUUGGAAUUGUAGGCCACAUUGGCUCAAAAGAAAAUACCCUUCAAGAUCGGUUAGAAUAUUUUGGCCGCUGGAGUGAGUGUAUAGCUGAAGCUCUUGACUACGGCUCAGUUGAUGCUUUUGAGACAGUCAGCACUUUCUUGAUAGAUGACGGUCUUUCCACGCGUCCUCAUAGAAAUGCCCUUCUUAACCCUCGAUUUAAUAAAGUAGGAAUUGGUGCAGCACCUCAUACAGAAUAUAAAACUGUCAUUAGCGUUGUCUUGGCUGGAGGAUUUAAAGAUAAAGAUGAGCUAGAACAGGUAGAAAUCGCUGAAGGAGAGCUUAAGCCUGUCGCUGAGGUCGAUGAAUGGCUUGAUGGAGCUGUUAAGCUGACCUGCGAGGUUAGGACUGAAACUGAAGCUGGAAAAACAGUGAAAAAAGUAAAAAAAUAUUGGGAAAUGGCUGAUGGAACUACGCAGAUUACAGAAUCAACUCUAGAACAAAAAGAAGAAGCUUAA